AUGGAGCAAGGCCAGCCCAGAGUGGACUGCCAAGCCUACGCCCAGACCAAGAUCAGCAACCAUGCCCGGGUGUUCGAAGGCCCCGAGGCGGUUACCCCAAGGGACGCCGACGAGCUCAACGUCGAGCGGCUCGCCCACGUGGGCUGCGGUGACGUCGUGGACGAAGAGUACGACACCAAGGUGAAGAUCGGCGAGGCGCUGGAGGCCGCGGCGCAGGCCGUGGGCGACCACCCCGUGGAGCGGUCCGACGCCGCGGCGAUACGAGCGGCGGAGGCGCGCGUCGUCGGCCCGGGAGCGACCAUCCCCGGCGGGGUCGCCGAGCAGGCGGAGCAGGCGGCGGAGUCCAACGCCACGGCCGGGCACGACGAGGACAAGGUCACCAUCGCCGAUGUCCUCAAGUGGAACGCGACGGCGAAGCUGCCGACGGACAAGGCGGUGACGAGGGAGGACGCGGCGGCCGCGGUGGAGGCAGAGGCGGCGUGUGCCCCCGGUGAGGCGACCAAGCCAUACGGCGUGGGGGCGGCGCUUACAGAGGCGGCGAGGCACAACCAGGACGAAUCGUGGUAA